AUGCCUGCCGAUCCUCAAGAAAUUAGACGCAGCAGCAAGCGACAGAAACCAUUACCUAAAGUUUCAAACGAAAUGCCAACUGAGAAGUCGUCUGACAUCCCUCCGGAUUUCACCAAGCGUUGCCACUACAUACUCCAGAUCUACACAUGCGGACACAAGACGUGGCUUAACAAGCCUCGAAUCCAGCACAUGCAUCCGUUCUGUAUGUUCGCUUAUAUGGCUACAGAGGGAGACAAGACCAAGAGUGAUGUUAAGUACAGGUUUCAUAAGUUGAGAUGUACAAAUAUGUCUACCCAGCCGAAGGAGUUACACAUGGCGGAGGUCUGUGCGAAGUGUAGACCGAUCGAGCUGGGCGUUGCUGGCGUGACAAAACAGCUCAGGGAGUAUGAGAGCUUGGUUGAUGGCAAGGGGCAGACGUCCAUUGGAGAGGGAAAGGUUGAGCAGAGCAAGGAGAAUAAUGAUGGGCUGGCUAAGCAAAGCAAGGAAGAUGCAGGAGUAGCGCAAACUGAUGAGAAUAUUGGGAAGGAUGCUGAAGGCAACGCCGAGUCAAAGCCAAGCACAGAGAACGACGGAGAACUCUGGAAGACGGUGAAGGAAUGGCCAUCUAAACAAGUCGAUGAUAAUGCCACUGACAGCGAGACACCACUAGCGCGGUCCGUUUUUGGAAGCUUCAUCGGCAUGUUCAUGCCUGCUGCAAAGCCACAGGAAAGCAAGUCUGACGACAACGAUGAGCCUUUGGAAAUAUGGAUUGAGGUAGAAGAGGAGCCUGAGCAACCUGAUUUGUGGGAAGAUGAUGGAGAAUGGGUGAAUAUUUAUGGGCAGUAA